CAGGUGUUAUUAUUCCAUCUAACUCAUCUUCGAAGCCAACGUCUACAUCCACACCCACAUCAUCUACAUCUCAGUCCAAUGUAGGUGCAAUAGUGGGUGGUGCAAUAGGUUUCAUUAUUUUUGUUAGCGCAUUAGUAGCUGUUGGCAUCAUAUUGUAUCGAAAAAGACACGGAACAAAAAUGUCUAAUCCACUUAUAAAUACAAAUAAUCAGGCUUGUUCUGAUACAAAUCCUCAGAUUUAUUCUGAUAUAAAUCAUCAG